AAUGAAGAUAACUAAGAAUCAAAGAAAUAAGAAUGUGAUCCCGAAACGAGUAGGUUUAACCAUUCCUGCUUGCGUAAGCUGACGUUCCAUCCGAGCGAUUGUACAAUGAUGUCAGACAGGCGCCGGUCCAUAGUUAGUCUAGGAACAUUACAAAUGCUAAUAUCAAGGUACUUGAAGGACUUCCUGACGCUUUAUCGUCUGAUCUUGUAGCCUCUAAUUCCAUUCUUUGCGAUGGCCACACGAAAAGCAGUCAAUAUAAUCAACGUUUCGUCGGAUGUCGGCUCGGUCUAUGCAGGCAAGUCAAAGGCACCAGCAGCAUUCGAAGCCGCAGGUCUUCGCGAAAAGCUCCACGCAUCGGGUGUUCGAUUAUUGCAACAAUCCAAAAGUUUGAAAUCAUCGGCUGGCUGGACCUCAUCUACUCGGGAGCCAAACGGUGCGAGGAACGAGGCCCGCACAGUCGGAUCAUGCCACCAGGUCGCAGAGAUGUUGGCGAACGAGUUGCAGUCAUGCGAGCCAUCCACUUUCCAACUGAUUCUCUCUGGUGAAUGCCUAUACUGUCCCGCGAUACUAUCUGCUUAUUGGAAACAUGUCGAAGGCACGUCACAACGUGUCGGCAUCCUCUACGUCGACGCUGAUUGUGACUUGUACACGCCGACGGAACCGAAUGCAUCGGGAAACAUCGCUGGCAUGACGCUCACGCACAUGACGCUACGAGACGGCGCCCUGGACAGCAUGAAAGCCUUCUCUAGACCAGACGGCUCCGGGGUGGUCGACAACGAGAACAUCGUGCUCUUCGGAUUGAACUCUACUUCGGAGGCGAAUAAGCGCGAACACAUGGGCUAUCUUUUCGACAAUAAUUUCCGCGUGAUUACGUCGCAAGCCAUCCAGAGAGCGCCCGAAGAGCGCGCAAAGGAAGCACUACAAUGGUUGGAAUCGCGCGUCGAUCAGAUCGUUGUGCAUCUAGAUGUGGACGUUAUAGAUCCUGGUGAAUUCCCGCUGUGUAACGUGCCAAACUGGACAGGACUUAGCUUCAAGAAUACCAUGAGUGCCGUCAAGAUAUUCUUGAAGAGCGAAAAGUGCGUUGCGUUUAGCAUUGCGGAGGUCAAUCCAGAUCACGAUCCAGGGCUAGAAAUGACCGGGAAGCUCGUAGACGAGAUUGCUGCUGGGCUGAGUCAAUUGUCAUAGCAGUCGUGAAACCCAGGCUACAGACAAAUUCGCCUUGAUUCGGAUAUCUUGAGAGAUCAAAGGCCAAACGC